CUGGCUCAGAAUCGCCAUUGUUGAGGCUCGCGCAGUGAUGAGCAGCGUUAGCAGCGUAGCUUCCGCCGUCAAUCCGACAUCUACAUGUUAUCAGUCGCGAGACGGAGCCUCGAGCUGCCUGGUGGACUGCGUUUUGUGUUUUUUCCCCUUAUUUUGUACGUUUAUUUUGUCACUUCGACGUUCCCCGAGGCGACAUGAGAGCUUGUGAGUGUCCGGACUGAGCCGUUAGUUUGACACCUGGAUCAGAAACCGUUUGUUUCUGCCGUCGUGACUGAAAACGGGUGGGAAAGAAAAACCAAACAAAAAAAAAAACCAGCGAUACAUUUUUUGCAGAAUUUCCCAGAAAGGCCAUUCCGCUUGAGGGUUUUGGAGUUUGAAGGGGAUGUGUUCAAGGCAAGAGAGGAUUCAAAAAGACGUCGACAUCGUAAUACAGAGGUGCCAGGCGGAGAAAGGCUGCCUUUUCUCGGAUUUUCGAUUCACUGACGCCACGUUUACGUUCAGCUACUCGAAAGGAUCGAAAAGUGUGUCCUACUCUGUACAUGUCUCUGAUGAUUAUCCAGACAACACAUACGUCUCAAACUCUGAGAACAACGAUGAUGUAUUAGUAACAAGAGAUCCCAUACCAGUUAUUUUCCAUAGAAUUGCAACAGAGAUAAGGACAGCUAACGAUGACAGUUGUCUUUCCAUCAAGUCAAAGCUUCAAAUUGACAAAAACCCGUGCCAUUACACUGUAGAAGAGGAUUCAGAGGGAGAUAAUGACUCUGAAGAGUUCUACUAUGGUGGACAGGUGAAUUAUGAUGGGGAACUUCACAAACACCCACAGCUGGAGGCCGACCUGGUAGCCGUGAGGGAGUUAUAUGGCCAUCAUGCAGUAUCUCUCAGGGAAUAUGGUGCAAUUGAUGAUGUAGACAUUGAUCUACACAUCGAUGUCAGUUUCCUCGAUGAGGAAAUUGCCCUUGCCUGGGAUGUGAUCAGGACUGAACCUGUCAUUGUACGUCUUCACUGCUCGCUCACGCAGUAUCUGAAUGGACCAGUUCCCACCGUUGAUGUAUUUCAAGUGUCCACAAAAGACAGGUUUGGCCUGGGACAUCAACUGAAAAAGUAUGACUUAAAAAAUACAUCCUACAUCAAAUCUUAUCAAAUUUCUAAACUGAUUUGCUCCUGCAGAUUUCUACUGUUUAAAUCUCUUAUCAGGAUCAUGCAGACCUUUGUCACACAGCAGUGGAAGCAUCAUACUAAAGACAAGCUUAACUGCCCACAUAGCAAAAAGCAGACAGACAAGAAGGUGAAGUCUCCUCUGCAUAUCUUCUCAACCCUUCGCAGGUCCCCUAGCUAUCCCCCACCCGGCUGCACAAAGAACAAAAAGAAACUAAAGCACGAGCAGGAUGGUGUGUCCAAAUCUCAUCGGCUCCUGCGCCGUACAUGUUCGAGCGCAGUGAAGCCUGAGGUGGACGGCUGUUCUGGGAAGCCACGCAAACUCCUGGGCCCUUCGCUGUCAGAGCAGACGCCUGGACUCAAACCACCCCAACAGCUAUUGCCGACACCUGAAGAGAGCAUGAUCUCACGGCCUCACCGACUCCUGCCACGCUCCGGCUCAGGUGAGCCUCGGUGUGAACGUAGCACAGGUGCCGACAGUAGCAGCGUUCUGAAGCCCCACCGGCUCCUUCAUCGUACCGAUGAACUGGACGGUCUCAAGCACCACCAACGGCUCCUCGGCAGGUCCUGCUCCAGCAGUGCCAAGAUCACCAAAGGCGAACAGCUCAAGGAGCCGUCUGGAGAGAGUCGUCGUCUCUCGCUCACCUCAGGGCUCAUAGGCAUCCUGGCCCCGGCACUCUCUCCUGCACCUCCGCCAAACAAUGGAGCCAAAUCUAUUCCAGUCAGAGACCGUGGCUUUCUCGUCCAGACGAUGGAGUAUGCAGAGCAGAGGAUCCCAGUCCUGAAUGAAUUCUGUGUGGUCUGUGAUGAACCGCAUGUGUUUCAAAAUGGACCGAUGCUCAGGCCCACAGUGUGUGAGAGAGAGUUGUGUGUCUUUGCCUUCCAAACGUUAGGAGUCAUGAAUGAGGCUGCUGAUGAGAUUGCCACAGGUGCCCAGGUUGUUGACUUGCUGGUCUCCAUGUGUCGCUCUGCACUGGAAUCACCGAGAAAAGUAGUCAUUUUUGAGCCAUAUCCCUCUGUAGUAGAUCCCAGUGACCCUCAGUCCUUGGCCUUCAACCCAAGGAAAAAAGACUACGAUCGGGUAAUGAGGGCUCUCGAUAGCCUCACAUCUAUAAGAGAAAUGACCCAGGCACCGUAUUUGGAGAUAAAAAAGCAGAUGGACAGAAUUGACCCCCUGGCACACCCACUGUUGCAAUGGGUCAUAUCUAGUAACAGGUCUCACAUAGUGAAGCUACCAGUGACCAGACAACUCAAGUUUAUGCACACCCCACACCAGUUCCUCUUACUCAGCAGCCCACCGGCCAAAGAAUCCAACUUCAGAGCUGCCAAAGGCCAUUUUGGGAGCACCUUCGCUUUCCAUGGAUCCCACAUAGAGAACUGGCACUCCAUUUUGAGGAAUGGUUUGGUUGUGGCCUCUAAGACAAAACUCCAGCUCCAUGGCGCCAUCUAUGGGAGUGGAAUUUAUCUCAGCCCACUGUCCAGCAUAUCCUUCGGCUACUCAGGGAUAAACAAAAAGCAGCAGAAAAUUGCAUCAAAAGACGAAACUGCUACAAACAAGACCAACAUUCAUCUGCAGUCGCAGAAAAAAGGUCAGCAGCCACAGUUUCUGCAGAGUCGCAAUCUGAAAUGCAUAGCCUUAUGUGAAGUUAUUACUUCGCUGGACCUUCACAAGCAUGGUGACAUCUGGGUGGUCCCAAACACCGAUCAUGUCUGCACACGAUUUUUCUUUGUCUAUGAGGAUGGACAGGUGGGGGACACAAACAUCAACACGCAGGACCCCAGCAUCCACCGAGAGAUCUUACGAGUCAUCGGCAACCAAACAGCCACAGGAUGAACGACUCCAAAAGCAAUACCGCUGCCUAAAACUGCCCUCCUGACUCAGAGCUGGAUAUUUGAGCAUAGGAGGUUUUAUCAUAGGUAUUUUAUUAACACAAGACCAGAGAGAAAAUAUCUACAAAAUCAGUGACCCAUUUACACAGUAUUUACACUGGUUAAUCACACUCUGUACAUUUGCCAGUUUUAUGAAUAAAAUAUUCAUUUUUAAA